AAAAAGAACCAACGAUGCAGUCAAUCGUUGACCGUCCAGCUAAUAGUGGCUAUCUUGAUUACACCAACCUCGCGAUGAACGUAGGAAGUACUUACGACCAUAAACACGAAAGAGGUAAUCUUAAUGGAGUAAAUGAGAGUAAUGGUCAACAUUAUGACGACAUUUGGGAGCUUCGAAAAAGUAGUUAUAAUGGCCGUAAUGGCUAUGGACGGGGCGGCAAUGGAGGUCGCAAUGGUUACAGUGGUAAUGGAGGUGGGAAUGGUAAUAGGAGAAUUCGGAUUCCGAAUAAUUACCGAGCUUAUGUUGAACUCACCUUCAGAGUAACAAACUUUCAUGCGGCAACUGUAGCAUCUGAACUAAUGGAUUAUUUUAGAUUGUUCGGCAACGUGUAUAAAAUAACAAUUGAGACAGCAGAAAUUGAUGG